CAGAGAGAAACGGAGCAGUAGAGAGAGAGAGAGAGAGAGAGAGUAAAGGAAAAUCCGAGAAAAAUGUCGGAAAGAGACGACUCUCUCUCGCAUCAUGAAUCUCUGUGCUUCUUCUUCGUCUUCCCCUUCAAAAUCCUCUUCAAUUCCCUUCAAAUUUUCUCCAGAAACAAACGAAUUUUCCUCUCAAUCUUCUUCUUCUUCGCUCUCCCUCUCUCUCUCCUCCUCUUCGCCCUUUCUCUCUCUUCUCACCCUCUCAAAUCCCACAUCCUCCACCUCGAAUCCGUCCUCCGCCAUUCCCCCACCCGUUUCGAGUUCCGUCAUGUCUUCUCCGAGUCUCGCGAUGAUGCCUUCUCCCUCCUCCGCCUUCGUGCGGCGUUUUUCCUCCCUAUCUACGCCUUCUCCCUUCUCACCGCCUUCUCUACCGUCUCCUUCACGCAUCACUCCUUCCACGCCAAGCGUCCUACUCUCAAAUCCACCAUCGCUCUUCUCAAAAACUCAUGGAAUCGCCCUCUCGUUACUACGAUUUGCAUCUACGCCAUUCUCGUUGCGUACUCCAUCGUCCCGAACACUCUCGCUUCGAUUUCUCAAUCUCCGGCUCUGCGCUUCGCGAUUUUAGUUGCUGGCGUGAUUUUCGAGGUUUAUUUGAUUGCGGUCCUGAGUUUGGGGCUUGUUGUGUCGAUCGCUGAGGAGAGAUUUGGUUUCGAUGCGAUCCGUGCUGCAGCGGCUCUAAUGGCGGAUCGGAGACUGAGCGGUUCGAUUCUCACGGCGAUGUUCCUUCUGGCGUCGAGUUCGAUCUCGUGGGAGAUGGAGGGGCUUAUGGACGGCGUCGAUCACUGGAUGAGGACGACGGCGGCGGUUACGUCCAAUGUGGCGAUAGGCGUGUGGGAUAAGAUGGGGUUAAUUUCGCUGUACGGAAUGGUGAUUAUCUCCGGGUAUGUGGUAACUACAGUUUUUUACUGCGAGUGUAGGAAGAAGGAUUUUGUUAGGGUGGAAAAUGAGGAGGAUCAUGAUCAUAUCGUCACGGUUUAAUUUUUCACCUUUUUUUUUUCUUUUGCAUUUAAAUAUUUUCCACUUCCAUCGAUAAUUAAAUUGGAAUAUAAUUGGCUUCCUAAAUUUUUGUUCUUCCUUUUUAUUUUAUUUUCGGUUUAUAAAUUCGUUAUCUUAAACCAUUUGAGGUAA